AUGGUCGAGACGUAUAGCAAUGUUCACUGCAUCACUGUAUUAUCGUUUAUUCGUCAACACCCCCGAUCCGGAAGAUACGCGUUCAAACGGUAUGAUCGCUCGGAUGGUCCAUGCAUAACCGAUAUCAAUUUGCUCAUCCCGGAUGCCAAGCAGACGACCAUCAACCGUACUCCCAAGCUGAAAAAGUUGAAGCGAAAGGAUGUUGAAGGCACUCCGGUCGAUUCUUGGGACGAUGACUCAUCGGCCGAUCAAGAUGAAACGAGAGGACGCAGCACGACGCGCCACAUCCCUGAGAAACGGAGGGACCAAAUGGGUACUAACAAAGGAUCUACCUGGCACAAGAAUGGAGUCGAAUGGGAUCGCGAACCUGCAAGUCGGAAAAGGCCGCUGGCACUGCCGAUGCACUGGUCUACUGCGCCUCACAUAUAUAACGCUGGAUGCCAAGCGAAGAUUCGCCAGACACCAAGUACACAUACAAUGACGAUUGAAGAUUCUCUCGACCCGACCACGUCGACGGAUCAUUCGACUGACCGGACCAGCCUCGCCCCUCCCAGUCUCUCUUACAAUCGCGGCGGAUCCAGUGUCGCCACCUCCGAUAAUAUUGACGAAAUGACCGACGAGCAAGCGAAGGAGAAAAUGAGAAGCUUAGUCCUGGACAGAACUCCAAACAUCACGGGGGAGGGUAGUGGGACCAAGUUCUCAGUUGAAGAUCAGAUUCGCCAUUACAGAGAGCUUUGGCGGUGCCACAAAGCUCUUGAAGACAAAUUGAUCGGUGACAGGGAUUUAAAAUCCGCAGAUCAGAGGCUACAGCAGUACGAAGGAAAUCCCGAGGGAUGGAUUGAGGAUGGGGCGUGCAUCGGUCGAAGAAGAGCCGAAUAUAACAUGGCCGAUAUGGGCAGCAAAGCCCUAGGCCGAGAUUCCCGAGCACAUUGUACCACUGGUAAUGCCUUUUUGUGGGGGUGGGGCAACGGGAAAGAACAAUCCGUAGUUCUCGAUCAGUUUGCGACUGUCUUGCCCACAAACAACAAUCAAACAGACUAG